AUGGCAUUUCUCAGCCUCUUCAUUCUUCUUCUGCUUAUUCUACCAACAACCACCACCGCACAUGAUUACACUGACGCAUUAUCAAAAUCAAUCCUCUUCUUCGAAGGCCAGCGAUCAGGAUUCUUGCCUUACGACCAGAGACAAAAAUGGCGCGCUAACUCCGGUCUCGGUGACGGAUGGACUUACAACGUUGAUCUCACCGGCGGCUACUACGACGCCGGCGAUAACAUCAAAUUCAAUUUUCCUAUGGCGUUUACAACUACAAUGUUAUCCUGGAGUGUGAUUGAAUUCGGAGAUAACAUGCCUCCGAAUGAACUCAGAAACGCCUUAGUCGCAAUUCGUUGGAGUACUGAUUAUUUGCUUAAGACGGUUUCUCAGCCUAACCGCAUUUUCGUUCAGGUGGGUGAUCCAAAUUCAGACCACCUCUGUUGGGAGAGGCCAGAGGACAUGGACACUAGCAGGAGUGUGUAUGCUGUUGAUGCACCUAAUCCAGCUUCUGAUGUCGCUGGAGAAACCGCUGCUGCGCUUGCGGCUGCUUCCAUGGCGUUCCGUUCAUCAGAUCCCGGUUAUUCAGAGACAUUACUUAGAAAUGCUGUUAAUGCAUUUCAAUUUGCAGAUAGUUAUAGAGGUGCUUAUAGUGACAAUGCUGAUGUUAAGAAUGCUGUCUGCCCUUUUUAUUGCGAUUUUGACGGAUACCAGGACGAAUUGUUAUGGGGAGCUGCAUGGUUAAGAAGAGCUACACAAGGUGAAAAUUUCCUAAACUACAUUCAAAGCAAUGGUAAAACGCUUGGUGCUGAAGACAACAUAAAUGAGUUCGGUUGGGAAAAUAAGCAUGCUGGCCUCAAUGUUCUUGUCUCCAAGGAAGUACUAGAUGGAAAUGUAGAAUCUCUUGAAUCUUACAAGACUUCAGCAGAGAGUUUCCUCUGCACACUGAUACCCGAAACAUCGAGUUUGCAUAUUGAGUACACUCCUGGUGGACUCAUAUACAGACCAGGUGGAAGCAACUUACAACAUGCAACUUCAAUUGCUUUCCUUGAAUUAGUCUAUGCAAAUUACUUGUCCCGCACGUCGCAGACCAUAAAUUGUGGGAAUGUUCAAGUUAGUGCGCAAUCACUUCGCGAACGUGCUAAGAGACAAGUUGAUUACAUUUUAGGUGAUAAUCCAUUGGGUUUAUCUUACAUGGUUGGUUAUGGUAACAACUAUCCGCAACGUAUUCAUCACCGUGGAUCGUCUUUACCUUCUGUUAAUGAUCAUCCUCAAAAGAUUGAAUGCCACGAAGGGACAAUUUACUUCAACUCAACAAAUCCUAAUCCAAAUGUUCAUGUAGGAGCCAUUGUGGGAGGACCUGGAGAAGAUGAUGUUUAUGGGGAUGACAGGGCUGAUUAUAGAAAAUCUGAGCCAACCACAUAUAUCAAUGCACCAUUUGUUGGGGUUUUAGCAUAUUUUGCUGCUAAUCCUUAA